AUGACAAUGCUGAAAUGGUUAUUGGGAGUGUCGCUGAAAGAGAAGAGAACGGAUAAGGGAAUUAAUGAAAUUGAAGGAAUCUGUGGAAUAGAGGAAAAGGGAAGAGAAGCGAGGCUGAAGUGUCUUGGUCACGUGAAGAGAAGAGAAAAGGGACAAGUAAUAAGGAGGGCAUUAGAGUUGUCAAUAGCCAGCAAGAGAAGACAGGGAAGGCCGUUAAAGUGUUGGAAGGAUGAAGACAUGUUGGAAGACAUGAACGAGAAAGGAAUUGCAGAAGACCUAACAAUGAAUUUAGAUGAUUCUAGGAGGGCAACAAGGGCGAAAGAUAGCGACCUCUGCUAA